UCAGGGGCGGGACUGCCAGCCGGGUGGGGGAGGGGAGGGGAGGCGGUCAAGAUGGCGCUAGGAGAGUGAUUCUCCCCGGAUACCCCUACGACUGCGGCGAUACCGGGGCGGGGGAAUCAGACCCAAACUGCCCGACUUCCUCCUCUCCCCCGCCCCCGGAGGCCUAUUCUUCGCGUCCUCCCUUCACCUAGGGGGGCGGGCCAGAUUCUCGGGACACCAUGUCGGACUCUGAGGAGGAGAGCCGGGACCGGCAACUGAAAAUCGUCGUGCUGGGGGACGGCACCUCCGGGAAGACCUCCUUAGCCACUUGUUUUGCUCAAGAAACUUUUGGGAAACAGUACAAACAAACUAUAGGACUGGACUUCUUUUUGAGAAGGAUAACAUUGCCAGGAAAUUUUAAUGUUACACUUCAAGUUUGGGAUAUAGGAGGGCAAACAAUAGGAGGAAAAAUGUUGGAUAAAUAUAUCUAUGGAGCACAGGGAAUCCUCUUGGUAUAUGAUAUCACAAAUUAUCAAAGCUUUGAGAAUUUAGAAGACUGGUAUACUGUGGUGAAGAAAGUGAGUGAAGAGUCAGAAACUCAGCCCCUGGUUGCACUGGUGGGCAAUAAAAUUGAUUUGGAGCAUAUGCGAACCGUAAAACCUGAGAAGCACUCACGAUUUUGCCAGGAAAACGGUUUUAGUAGCCACUUUGUCUCAGCCAAGACAGGAGACUCUGUCUUCCUGUGUUUUCAGAAAGUUGCUGCCGAAAUCCUUGGAAUCAAGUUAAACAAAGCAGAAAUAGAACAGUCACAGAGGGUGGUGAAGGCAGAUAUUGUAAACUACACCCAGGAGCCCACGUCAAGAACCGCUAACCGGCCCCGGAGCUCCAUGUGUGCAGUUCAGUGAGCGCGUUCCCUGCCUGUCGCUCGUGCUUGCGCCCUCCCCGCUGAGCGCCCCGCUGUGCAGGAGCUGGUUUCCUCAGUGGCCCUCUCCAUAGUGCAGUCUACGCCUUGUUCCCACCACUCCAUCAGUAAGUAUUGCCUCAGAGCCGUGGGCCACUCCUGGGACUGGAAGGAAUUCAGCUUCGGGACCAAUCACUUGAAGAUCAAAAUGGGACACCUACUCUCUGCAGUUAGAUCGCCUCACUGAAAAAGUAUGAUGACGAUUCUCUGUUCUUGCUUCUUUUUCCCUGAUGUAAAAUUUUUAAACCAAAUGUAAAACUAUCCAAGCCUUUACCAUCAGCCAGGAUAUUGUCGCU